UGCUACUCAUGGACAUCUGCGAGAAACUCAAAAGGCUAAAGCCCACAGAAAUUAAGCCUACCCAUCAAAUCUUCACGAAAACACGUGUGUUCAUAGAUAGAUGUUAGAUGGAGCGAACUGAAAAGGAAAGGGGAAAGAAGGAAAAUUAAGAGAGAACCAGCGCUGAAGUAGAUGAAGACCUCCGACCUCCUCAACAGUUCAAGGUUUGAAAUCCCUAAUUCCCUGAAGUCUGCAACUCCAUAAGCGAGACAGAAAGGCAGCUAGAAAUCCUCGCUUUCCGUUGAUCUUUGCGUGCGUCUUCCUCCCGCAUUAUUGUUACCAGAUAUCUGCUCCUGAAGACUCCUACCUACAAAUAACUCCAUAUGCUGUCUUAGUUUGUUUGGUUUCUUAAAAACAUGUCUGCAAGAGGGCGAGUUCCACCUUCUUUUGAAAGACGGUCCAUCCAAGCUCCUGUGAUGAUGAGACAUCGUCCAUUUCUUGGAGAUCAUCGAUCAUUGGAGCCCCUUCCUCCACCCGAGGUUUUAGAGAAUAAGAUUGCUUCACAAGCAGCAGAAAUGGAACGAUUAGCACGGGACAAUCACAGAUUGGCAGCUAUACAAGUUGCUAUGAGGGAGGACCUCACUGCUGCUCAUCAGGAAUUACAAAGGCUCAAGGCACACGCUAGAAGCAUCCAGACUGAAAGUGACAUUCAGAUCAGGUUUUUACUGGAUAAGAUUGCAAAAAUGGAAGCUGAUAUUAGGUCUGGUGAGAAUAUAAAGAAAGACCUGCAAAAGGCACAUUCAGAGGCCCAGAGCUUGGUCAAUGCAAGGGGGGAGCUGACUGCACGAAUUCAACAGGUCUCUCAGGAAUUGCAGAAGGCUCGAGUUGAUAUAAAUAUUCUACCAGAAAUGCAUGCUGAGCUGGACAGUUUGACUCAGGAACACGAGAGAUUACGAGAGACAUUUGAGUCUGAGAAAGGUUCAAACAUGGAGCAGGUGGAGCAACUAAAAGGAAUGGAGAAGAAUCUAAUUGGAAUGGUACAAGAAGUGGAAAAGUUGCGUGCUGAGGUCUUGAAUGCGGAGAAUAGAGCACUUGCAGGUAACCCUUUUGGAGGUGGCUACAUGAAUCAUAAUCAUCCAUACCCACCCUAUGCGCGAGGCAGUGGUGCAUAUUUUGAAGGAUAUCGCAGACCCGGUGUCUCAAUGGCUAGCGGGCCAGGAGGAGAGGCAAUGAUUCCAUAUGGAAACAGCUAUGGUCCGGCUGCUACUGGAGGGAUCGGUAAUGCACCUGUCUCGGGUGCUGGUGAUGCUAUUUGGGGAGGGCCUUAUAAGCCAUAACUGGCUAAGAGGUGAAAAUGGAGUGCUGGUGCCACCUGGGGAGGGCCAUACGAGAUCCAUCACUUGCUGGUUGGUGAACAUGGGAAAUAUUAUUGAACUAUUAUUUGAAAGAGCAAGUUUUUCCUUGCUCAGCAUGGAGGAUGUAAGAUUGUGAUACCCAGUACCUUGACCAGAAGAUUUUGGGACAUGAUCCGACUCCUAUUUUAUUCGAAUUAUAUAGUUUAUUCUUUUUUUAUGCCUCUCAGGGGUGAUUGAUUUAAAGUUUUUGUACAUCCUUGUAAUUUAAGACUUUGCUAAAACUUUUGUUUCUCCUGUUGGACCUUGGAGCAAAUACAGGGUGAUUAGCAAGUUCAUGCUCUGAGAAAUGGAAUGCUAUUUGGGCUUGUUCAGCA